AUGAACGGCGAGGAGCCUUACUACGCGGUCCCACAGCUCUACAAGGACGCGUGUGUGUUUCAGCGCUGCCCAACGCCUGAGUGUCGCGCCAGCCCGCCCGCCUGCCUGUACAUGGGCCGCCAGCCCCCGCCGCCGCCACCGCCCUUCGCCGCCGCCCUGGGCGCGCUGGAGCAGGGCAGCCCCCCAGACAUCUCCCCGUUCGAGGUGCCCCCGCUGGCCGACGCCCCGGCUGCAGCACUCCUCCACCACCACCUCCCCGCGCCGCUGGCGCUGACUCAGCCGCCCGCCGGGCCCUUCGAGGAGGAACCCGGGCGCAGCCAGCUGCCUUUCCCGUGGAUGAAGUCCACCAAAGCGCACGCGUGGAAAGGCCAGUGGUCAGGCGGCGCUUACACGACGGAACCGGAGGAGAACAAGCGGACACGCACGGCCUACACGCGCGCGCAGCUGCUGGAGCUGGAGAAGGAGUUUCUAUUCAACAAGUACAUCUCUCGGCCGCGCCGGGUGGAGCUGGCUGUCAUGCUGAACUUGACCGAGAGACACAUCAAAAUCUGGUUCCAGAAUCGCCGCAUGAAGUGGAAAAAGGAGGAGGACAAGAAACGCGGCGGAGGGGCGACUGGGAGUGGCGGGGGCGCGGAGCCCGAGCAGGACUGCGCGGUGACCUCAGGCGACGAGCUGCUGGCGCUGCCCCCUCCCACCGGGGGUACUGUGCCGCCCGCCGUCCCCGCCGUCUCCCGAGAGGGCCGCCUGCCACCUGGCCUCAACACGUCGUCGCAGCCCGCGAGCAUUGCACCCCGGCGCCCGCAGGAACCCCGAUGA